AGGCUUUGCUUCCAUUCUCCUUCACCUGCUCUACCAAUUCCCAUAUAUUUAGCACCAGCUCUAGCAUCUCCCACCGGGCCAUCAGUUGCUAGUACCUCAGGACUCCCAGCUCUUUUGGAUCAACAUACAGAUCAUGAGGACAUCAUUGAUGGUCCUGGCCUCUCUCCUCCUCCUCCUGGUUCUGGCUACAACAGCACAUGGGAUUCGGCUGGACAGGCACCUUCAUGAAGCACUCGAAAACAAGCAGGAACAACUGGCCGGGCAGCCACCCAAACCCAAUGGCGCCGCUGAUUCGACCGGCAGCAAGCCCUGCACGGCCGAUGGGAAUUGCCCAGGAAAGGAGAGAAAGCCACCGUCGCCGCACGCUCACGACGAACCGGCGAAGCAUCAGAUACCCACAAAGAAGAAGGACGACGGCGACGCGCAGGUCACCAGCCAGGGUGCCGAGCAGGAGGAAGCGGCGCAACCGCAGCAGAAGAAAUGGUCGCGCCGGACGCUGCCGCGGCGACCGCAUCAGCCGCAGCAGGAGACGAGGACGUACCCGGACCUGAUCGACAUCGCCGGGAUGGACUACUCGCCGGCGGCCAGAAAGCCUCCCAUCCACAACUGAAUCGAUCCCGAUGGAUACAUUGUCACGGAGUACGUAGAUUAUUAUAGUACGUAGUACCACCAGUACGUGGCUACUGGUUGAUUAUUAGGUUUGUGGAGCUAUUAGCUUAUGAAUCCCCGCCUGAUGGAAUAGAAUAGUGCGGUACAGCUAA